GCGGGCUACAGGCUGCAGGCUGCAGGUGGGCGACAGACAGUCCGCCGUGUUUCUACUUUAGUCUCGUCAAACUUCCCGGGAGCGCUAACGCGGGUGCGGGCUGAUUCUCCGCGGACGGACUCCACUUUCUCCCGUCGCUGGAGACACUUUCACGGGCGGAAUUUGCCGUCAAGGUCAGGAGCAGCCAUGCCGUUUGGCUGUUUAACAGUCGGAGAGAAGAAGGAUUAUAACAGCCCUUCAGACGUGACAGAUAAAUAUGACCUGGGGCAGCUCAUCAAAUCGGAGGAGUUCUGCGAGAUUUUCAGGGCCAAGGAUAAAGCCACCAUGAAAAUGUACACGUGUAAAAAGUUUCUGAAGAAGGAUGGAAGGAAAGUCCGCAAGGCUGCCAAAAACGAGAUCCUCAUUUUAAAGAUGGUGAAGCAUACCAAUAUUCUUCAACUGAUUGACGUCUACGAGACCAAAAAGGAGUACUUCCUGUUCCUUGAACUAGCCACCGGCAGAGAGGUGUUCGACUGGAUCCUGGAUCAGGGAUAUUACUCCGAGCGGGACACCAGUAAUGUGGUGCGCCAGGUGUUGGAGGCUGUUGCCUACCUCCACUCGCUGCACAUCGUUCACCGGAACCUGAAGUUGGAGAACUUGGUGUACUAUAACCGCCUGAAGCAAUCCAAAAUAGUCAUCAGUGACUUCCAUCUGGCCAAGCUGGAGAACGGGCUGAUCAAAGACCCGUGUGGGACUCCGGAGUACCUGGCUCCCGAGGUGGUUGGCAGACAGCGAUACGGCCGGCCCGUGGACUGCUGGUCGAUGGGCGUCAUCAUGUACAUCCUACUGUCAGGCAAUCCUCCUUUCUACGAUGAAACCGAUGACGACGACUUUGAAAACCAUGACAAGAACCUGUUUCGGAAGAUCCUGGCGGGGGAUUAUGAGUUUGACUCUCCGUACUGGGAUGAGAUCUCGGAUUCAGCUAAGAGCCUGGUUGCCCGUUUGAUGGAAUUGGACCAGGACCAGAGACUGACAGCCCAGGAGGCUAUAAACCAUGAAUGGAUUUCUGGUGGUGCAGCUUCAGAUAAGAACAUCAAGGAAAACGUGUGCGCACAAAUAGAGAAGAACUUUGCCAGAGCCAAAUGGAAGAAAGCCGUGCGGGUCACCACCAUCAUGAAGAGGCUGAGAGUGCCUGAGCAGAGCGAGUCCAGGCCGACCCCCGCUUCAGAUGGCAGCACCGCGGACUCUCCCGCUCCCCAGGCCACCGUUGACCCCCCCGCCGCCGCGGCGCCGGAGGGCAACGACACGCCUUCGGCCGCCGGUGGUUCGGUCACAGAGGUGCCGGCCGGAGGGGAGACGAGCCAACGGGCAGCGGCGGCCGACGGCGGGACGGCGGCCGACGGCGGGACGGCGGCCGACGGCGGGACGGCAGCCGACGGCGGGACGGCAGCCGACGGCGGGACGGCAGCCGACGGCGGGACGGCAGCCGACGGCGGGACGGCAGCCUCAGCCGACGAGCCGCAGCAAUCCAGUCCGGAUCCGCAGGAGGCCGAGGCCGAGGCCACGUCGCGCUGUAACGGGGAGGCUUCAGCCACGCUUCACACGGCCACCGAGCCCGGGCACGAGCAGGGCUAACCCCCCCCAACCUCUGUGACCUCAGCAUGGCCACAGCCACUCUGCUUCUGUUUCGCUCGCAGCAUUAGUGUCGUUUCCCGGAGGCUUGUUUCACUUAGUUUUUUAUGUAUGGUGUGUGUUGAAUUCUGAAGCAUAUCUCUCUCCUGGAACUCUAGCUUUAGGGGUAAACUGAGGUGGCCGUCAGGCUUGUGUCUUCUCUCACGCUUCUUCUUGUCAUCCGUUAAGGAGUUGAGGAAGACUUACCGGCUGUCAUUCGUGUUAAUAAGUUUGUUCUGAGGAUCAGUGGAAACGUUUUUGUUCUACUAAUUGUUACCCUGUAAAAUACAUCAAUACUCUGUCAGAAGUGGCUCCCGCACAUGGUCCCCUGUCCCUGGGAACUAUGUCGUCCUUUCUGUUUAUUACUGUCUUACGCUGGCAGUUACUGGCGAUGCUGAGACUGGUGAGGGGGGCUCUAUGCAUUCCCAUUUAUUUGUAGCUUAAGUAGAUCACACGAGACUUUACAACAUCUUUCUCGCGAUUGCUAGAUAUCUUGAAAGCCUGCAUGUACUUUGAUCACGUCAAAGUCAAACGCGUCUGCAUUAAUGGUCCACAUGUGGACUUCAGGGGGGACGGGGAUGCACCAUCUGAGCUUUGUGUGUAAAAAUCUACGAAUGCGUUUUUUACAUGUUUCUUUUUUAUUUAUUUAUGUAUUUAUAUUUGUUUUAUUUUGAUUUCCCCCCCAUCACAUUUGUUGGGCUUUUUUUCUGCUCUUUCAACUUGUAGAUGUUCAGCUUGUAACAACAAGCUGCCGUUUCCUGUUCCCAGUUCCGUUGAUUAACUGGUGUGGAGCUACAGGUGGUCAUCUCUGGAAUCGAGCAAUAUUUGACUGGCUGCAGAAACUGUGAUUGUGGUGUUUGUUCCCUUCAGUCCGCACAGAAGUCUGCACAUGUUCCCGUCUGCGCGAGCCAUCGGGCCUGUGACUCAUACAGUCGCUGACAUGCAGCCGUGUGUGUGUGUGUGUGUGUGUGUGUGUUUGCUCUGACACACUGAAACAUGAGGUGAGAGGCCGGAUGGCCUGAUUUGAUCUGAAUUGACCUUUAAUGGCCGUCGUCAUGUGCCAUCUGUCGUGGAGGGUUUCACUGUACACACCUGUGAAUUUACAUGAACGUGUGCAUUUCAAUCAAACAGGAAAAUAAUGAUCGUAUUUAUUGUAGACUGUCAUGACGGUUAGUUAUUUUCUUGUUUGAGGAUUUUAUUCGUUCUUGAUUUGCAAUAACUUUGGCCGGAGCACCAGCAGUUCAGAUGACAUCACCACACCGAAAAAUACUUUCAUUUUAACAAGUACUGUCAAAGAUUUAUAUGAACAGCUUAUUCUAUAUUUGGUUUGACAUGUCUCACCGUAUUUGUAAUGUUGUAUCUUUUUGUAAUUUUGUCAGGACCGGUGGUCAGCUGGAGGUCCUCUCCUGCAUUUGUGAGCUCUGUAAUGUACUUCUUGACAGAUUUAAAGACUUUUAUG